AUGCCUGCUAGUAAUGCCUGCACAAUAGUAGAUAUCCUGAUGCCUGCUAGUACCACCUGCACAAAAGUAGAUAUCCUAAUGUCUGCUAGUACUACCUGCACAAAAGUAGAUAUCCUCAUGCCAGCUAGUACUACCUGCACAAUAGUAGAGAUCCUGAUGCCUGCUAGUACUACCUGCAUAAUAGUAGAUAUCCUAAUGCCUGCUAGUACUACCUGCAUAAUAGUAGAUAUCCUAAUGCCUGCUAGUACUACCAGCACAAAAGUAGAUAUCCUGAUGCCUGCUAGUACUACCUGCACAAUAGUAGAGAUCCUGAUGCCUGCUAGUACUACCAGCACAUUAGUAGAGACCUUGAUGCCUGAUAGUACUACCAGCGCAAAAGUAGAUAUCCUAAUGCCUGCUAGUACUACCUGCACAAAAGUAGAUAUCCUAAUGCCUGCUAGUACUACCUGCACAAAAGUAGAUAUCCUAAUGCCUGCUAGUACUACCUGCACAAAAGCAGAUAUCCUGAUGCCUGCUAGUACUACCUGCACAAUAGUAGAGAUCCUGAUGCCUGCUACUACUACCUGCACAAUAGUAGAUAUCCUGAUGCCUGCUAGUACUACCAGAACAAUAGCACAUAUCCUGAUGCCUGCUAGUACUACCUGCACAAUAGUAGUUAUCCUGAUGCCUGCUAGUACUACCUGCACAAUAGUAGAGAUCCUGAUGCCUGCUAGUACUACCUGCACAAAAGUAGAUAUCCUGAUGCCUGCUAGUACUACCUGCACAAUGGUAGAGAUCCUGAUGCCUGCUAGUACUACCAGCACAAUAGCAGGUAUCCUUAUGUCUGCUAGUACUACCUGCACACUAGUAGAUAUCCUGGUGCAUGUUAUUACUACCUGCACAAUAGCAGAUAUCCUGAUGCCUGCUGGUACUACCAGCACAAUAGCAGAUAUCCUGAUGCCUGCUAGUACUACCUGCACAAUAGUAGAUAUUCUGAUGCCUGCUGGUACUACCAGCACAAUAGUAGAGAUCCUGAUGCCUGAUAGUACUACCUGCACAAUAGUAGAUACCCUGAUGCAUGCCAGUACUAUUAGCACAAUAGUAGAGAUCCUGAUGCCUGCUAGUACUACCAGCAUAAUAUUACACAUUCUGAUGCCUGCUAGUACUACCAGCACAAUAGCAGAUAUUCUGAUGCCUGCUAGUACUAUCUGCUCAAGAGUAGAGAUCCUGAUGCCUGCUAGUACUACUAGCACAAUAGUAGAUAUCCUGAUGCUUGCUAGUACUACCUGCCCAAUAGUAGAUACCCUGAUGCCUGCCAGUACUACUAGCACAAUAGUAGAGAUCCUGAUGCCUGCUAGUACUACCAGCACAAUAGUAGAGAUCCUGAUGCCUGCUAGUACUAUCUGCACAAUAGUAGAGAUCCUGAUGCCUACUAGUACUACCAGCACAAUAGCAGAGAUCCUGAUGCCUGUUAGUACUACCAGCACAAAAGUAGAUAUCCUAAUGCCUGCUAGUACUACCUGCACAAUAGUAGACACCCUGAUGCCUGCUAGUACUACCAGCAAAAUACCAGAUAUCCUGAUGCCUGCUAGUACUACCAGCACAAUAGUGGAUACCCUGAUGCCUGCUAGUACUACCGGCACAAUAGUAGAUACCCUGAUGCCUGCCAGUACUACUAACACAAUUGUAGCGAUCCUGAUGACUGCUAGUACUACCAGCACAAUAGUAGAGAUCCUGAUGUCUGCUAGUACUACCUGCACCAUAGUAGAUAUCCUGAUGCCUGCUAGUACUACCAGCAAAAUAGCACAUAUCCUGAUGCCUGCUAGUACUACCAGCACAAUAGUGGAUACCCUGAUGCCUGCUAGUACUACCAGCACAAUAGUAGAUACCCUGAUGCCUGCCAGUACUACUAGCACAAUUGUAGCGAUCCUGAUGACUGCUAGUACUACCAGCACAAUAGUAGAGAUCCUGAUGCCUGCUAGUACUACCAGCACAAUAGUAGAGAUCCUGAUGCCUGAUAGUACUACCAGCACAAUAGUAGAUACCCUGAUGCCUGCUAGUACUACCUGCACAAUAGUAGAGAUCCUGAUGCCUGCUAGUACUACCUGCACAAUAGUAGAUAUCAUGAUGCUUGCUAGUACUACCUGCAAAAUAGUAGAUAUCCUAAUGCCUGCUAGUACUACCAGCACAAUAGUAGAUACCCUGAUGCCUGCUAGUACUACCAGCACAAUAGCAGUUAUCCUGAUGCCUGCUAGUACUACCAGCACAAUAGUAGAUACCCUGAUGCCUGCCAGUACUACUAGCACAAUAGUAGCGAUCCUGAUGCCUGCUAGUACUACCAGCACAAUAGCAGAUAUCCUGAUGCCUGCUAGUACUACCUGCACAAUAGUAGAGAUCCUGAUGCCUGCUAGUACUACCUGCACAGUAGUAAAUAUCAUGAUGCUUGCUAGUACUACCUGCACAAUAGUAGAUACCAGCACAAUAGCAGAUAUCCUGAUGCCUGCUAAUACUACCUGA